AGCCUGCGAUUGGCUGGCGCCCACCGGAAGCACAUGCCCGCUGGGCCUUCUGCUCUGGUGUUUGAGGCGCUACUGGGGGACAGUCAGUUUCAAAUGUGCAGCGCGGGUUCUGGCUCAGCAACGUGCUGAGUGACUGCCAAGCGUUCGCCAGGGAGACGGCAGGCGGAGUCACCGACCCUGUGAACAGAAUGGGAGAUGCUGAAGCAGGCAAGAAGAUCUUUAUUCACAAAUGUGCUCAGUGCCACAUAGUGGAAAAAGGUGGAAAACACAAGACUGGUCCAAACCUCUGAGGCCUUUUUGAUGGAAAAACAGGACAAGCACCAGGAUUUUCUUUAUCCGAUGCUAACAAAAACAAAGGUAUUAUCUGGGGAGAGGAAACUCUGAUGGAAUAUUUGGAGAACCCAAAGAAAUAUAUUCCUGGAACUAAAAUGGUCUUUGUUGGUCUUAAAAAGAAGAGUGAGAGAGAAGAUCUUAUUCAAUAUUUGAAACAGGCAGCAUCUUUGUGAAAUGCUCUUGCACCUUAAAAAUAUUAGUUAUAAGCCAACAUUUUCCAGUUUCAGAUAUUGCAUGUUUAGAGAAGUCAUAUUUGAUCUUUUUUGAUCAGACUGUAGUAAGUUUAACAUUUAAAAAUAAAAGUUG